AUGUAUUAUCAUCAUCUAUUUUAUUUAAUAGCUUUAUUUUUCCUUCUCCCGCCAUUAGUAGAAUUAUUAUCGAUUAAUACCGAUGUUUUAAUUGUGCCAAAGAAUGCUCAACGUGGUUUUGUCUUACUUGAAGAAACAAAGCCAAGUCGAUCCAAUGAAUUUACUCAAUGUUUACAGCAAAGCCGCGAAUUAAAUAUCGAUAUUGAUACAAAAUAUGGUGAUUUAAUAUUAAAUAAAACCAUACGAAAUAGAAAUUUCAAGCAGCAACAACAAUUACUAUGUACAAUAAAUCGAAAUCAAUCGUCGAUUCUUAAAAUUUACUACGCAAUUAUCGAUACAUCGAACGAUGCAGUUUUUACGUCUCCAGUUUAUCAUAUUGAUCCGAUGUCAUUUUCCGUACAUCGAUUCCCUAGGAUCGAAUGUUUAUCACCGUCGAUUGUUAAUUAUGAAUUUAUUGAUUCAUCGGUACCAUUGAAUAUUAAUCAAAGAACAGGAGAAAUAUCUUCGUCGACAAAUCAAUGCACAAAUUUACAUGAACUGCUUAUUAAAUGCUAUGAUGUAUUUGAUAAAACGAAACAUGCGUAUGCUAAAAUAAUAUUUGAUCAAAUUUGUUUUAAAAAUUCUAUUAAAACUACAAAUAUUGAUUGGAUUAAUCGAAUUGGCGAAGACAGAAGAAAAAGAAUUAAUUAUCAACAAGAAAAAAUAUCGAUGACUCAAUCAAAUCGUCAUCGCCGUCAACAAUCAGUUCAACCGCCAAGUCGUAUAACAAUUCGUUUUAAUGAAUCCUAUAUUGGCUCAAUAUCGGAAAUAAAAUAUUGCCGUGAACAAACAUCAAAAGAUCAUUUAGAACAAACAUUUCAAUUUCCAAUGAAAUAUGAAUCAUUUCUACGUGAACGUCUUCAUAUCAACGAAAAAGGAUUAUUAUCAGUUUUACGUCCAUUCGAUUAUGAAUAUUUUCAAACGGUCACGUUUCAAUUUCAUUGUUUAAUAUUAGAACAACAAAAUGGUGGGAUGAAUUUAACACGUGUUAAUAAAACUGAAGAUAUACAAUUGAUUAUCGAUGAUAUUAAUGAUGAACCGCCACGUUGGAUUAUGGAUGAACCAUAUCAAUAUGGGACCUAUUUUGGUUAUGUUGAAAAAAGUGCUCGGCCUGAAACAUCUGUUUUUCGUUUUAAAGCUUUCGAUCCUGAUACAACAUCAAAAUUAACCUAUGAAAUUGUACAAGGCGAUAAAAAUCUAUUUCAUUUAUCAUCGGAUGGUACAUUAACAACACAUUCAAAUCAACAAUUACUUUCGCCCACAUAUAAUUUAACUGUGCGAGCCAUCGAUUUGAAUUCACAAGUUUUAUCAAUGUCUCGUUCGAAUGAAGCUCAUUUAGUUAUUCGUACUGAUCGAUUUGAACCGAGGUUUUUUAAGGAACGUUACGUUUUCAAUGUUAGCGAAUAUACUCAACCAUCGAGUAUAAUUGGAACUAUAAGAGCAAAAUCAUUUUCAACCAAAAGUGAAAAUCUAAGAUAUUUUCUACAACAAUCAAUUAUUGAUGGUUCACAACCAAAUCGCCCGUCAAUGAGCGGAAACAGUGGAGAUAUGUAUGAAUUUAAAAUUGAUGAAACUGAAGGAUCAAUUAAAAUUUUAAAAAUGCUACGAUAUUCAGAUCAACAUAAUAAUAAUACAAAAUAUUUCACAGGUGUUGUGAAAGAAUUAAGUGGUUGGCAAUUACAAUCACAUGUUGAAAUUGAAAUUUAUGUCAUUGAUAUCAACGAUAAAAUUCCAACUUUUAAACAAACUUAUUAUACUCCUCAGAUCUCUGAAGAUUAUCCAUUGAAUACUCCGAUCAUUAAUUUCACUGUUACUGACGACGAUGCUCGAAAUACACUAAAUUCAAAUAUAACUCUUGAUUUAAUUGAUCCAUAUGGAAAAUUUUCCAUCUAUAAUGAUACUCGUGUGUCAACAUCGAAUAAUAUUCAAGCAUAUCUUAUCGCUAAAGAACGUCUAGAUUAUGAAUCUUUAUCGCCAUUAGAUCGUCAGUAUAAAUUAAAAAUUAUUGCACGUGAUAAUGGACAACCACAAUCAUUACAAUCCGAAGCUCAAAUUUAUAUCACAAUUACUGAUGUUAAUGAUGAGCCACCUGUAUUUAAAGAAAAUCCAGUACAGAAAACAAUUGCAGAAAAUGCACAACGAGGAACAUUUAUUGUUUUUGUUGAUGUUGUCGAUACUGAAUAUAAUGAUUCUGUUACGGUACAAUUUUUACCAACAACUCAAUACAAUCCAUUUCGUAUUAUAACAAGUCCAGGGGGUGGUCGAGUUAUUCUCGAACAGCCACUUCUACCCGACAGAGAAUUCUAUAAUUUAACUAUGCAAGCAUCUGAUCGUCUUGGGCAUGCAUCUCAAGCGCAGCUUUUAAUAACAAUCUAUGAUGUGAAUGAUCAUACACCACGUAUUGAACAAUGUGAACAGGGAAUGAUUAUUGCGUCUAUACGUGAAAAUGCAACAGUAAAUACUGCCAUAAUAAAAAUCAAUGCAACAGAUCAAGAUCGUGGUUUAAAUGGUGAAAUACAAUUUUCAUUAAAGGGUACAAAUGAUCCGCAACAAGAUUCAGAUAUGUUUUCUAUCGAUCCUGACACUGGUGUGGUUACGAAUAAGAAGAAAUUAAAACAUUUGAAAUCUGGAUUUAGUGAAUAUACAAUGACAAUAUUUGCACAAGAUAAAGAUCCAUCGAAUUCGCGUUCAACUCAUUGUAUUUUAAAAAUCACCGUAGAAGAUAUUAAUGAUCAUGCUCCUGUAAUAACAUCACCGGCGCGUGACAAUGAUUUAAUUUCGAUCAAAAUGGAAAAACGUGUUAAUUUCAAUUAUCCUGUUCUUGUUGUUCGUGCCAAGGAUGAAGAUAGUGGAAAAAAUGCUCAGUUAUAUUUUACUCUUGAAUCUCGUACUGAUUGUUCCAAUGGUAUUCAGUAUUUCGUCAUUGAUUCUCAAUCAGGUGUUAUUUCUACGCGUUCAUCGAAUGUAAAUAAUCCAAUAAAUCUACAAAUAAAAUACUGCCUUGUUGUCAAAGUCUGCGAUUCACCUGACGAUGGCCCACCGAAAUGUGUUGAACGUAAAAUUCAAUUUCAAUUAUCUCAAGAUGGUUUCGAACCGCCAUUUUGGGCACCUGAAACUGCCUUAACAUUUCAACGUGUUAUGAAAGUUGUUGAAUUAGCUCAACAAAAUAUUGUUAUCGACACAUUUAAAGCAUCGAUUGCAAAUGAUUCAUCGAAAAAGGUUAUUUUCGAAAUGGAACCAUUCAAUUGGACUUGUUCAAAUGUUGCAUUAGCUAGUGAAAAACCUCGCAUACCUUUUCUAUUGACGCCGGACGAAAGCGGACGUAAUAUUGCACGUUUAGUUAUCUAUCAACCGAUUGAUGCUGAUCCGCCAACGGGUUGCACACGAUAUCAAUUUAAGAUUCGUGCGAAAAAUGCCGCUAUGGAAGCGUUAUCAUUGGAGAGUAUCUAUGAAAUUGAGAUUGUCGAUUCAAAUGAUAAUAUUCCAAUGUUUAAUGUUAGUUCAUAUCGUGCACAAAUUUAUGAAAAUGAAGUUAAAGAUAAUCUAUUACGUGUUCAAGCUGAAGAUAAAGAUAUAGAUCCUAAAAAUCGAAAUACAACCUAUUUUAUCCGAUGUGCAAAUGAUGGUAAUCAACAAAAUCUUCAAUAUCAUUAUAAUAGUCCACUAUCGAAUUCGUUGUCAUGUCAAGGUAUUGUUUCGAUUGAUCCUGAAACCGGUUGGAUUAGCGUUCAACGACAAUUCGAUUAUGAUAAUCCGGCAGAUCGUCGUUUUGUAUUUGAUGUUUUCGCAAAAAAUAUUCUACCAUCCGAUCGAUGCAGUGGACAAAAUACGAAAGAAUCUCAAUCUCAAUCGUCGUCCUCAUCAUCAGGUGCUGAUGCAAAUCCAACAAUUCAAAUUUGCGUCACUGAACAUCGUGUACCAGUUAUUAUUGAAGUACUCGAUAGAAACGAUAAUGCGCCGCAAUUCAAUAAUUUACCAUACUUUACGAAAGUCAUGGAAGAUGCUGAACCAGGAACAACAAUCUUCCAUUUGAAUGUCAGUGAUAUUGAUACAGAUGAUAUUUUAACAUUUUCGAUUGCCAACGAACAAGAAGCAUCGGCUUUUGCCGUCAAAGAAAAUACGGGUGAAGUUUAUUUAGCUUCAGCUCUUGAUUAUGAACGUGUUCAACAACAUAGUGUGGAAGUUCAAGUUAGCGAUUCGAAUAACGAACAUCGUGCUCGAACAAUUCUAACAGUCAUCGUUGAAGAUGCAAAUGAUAAUCCGCCACGUUUUCUUAAUUUACCAAAGGAAAUUAUUGUCGAGGAAGGUCGACAAACAGUUGACUAUGAUCAAAUGAUUAUCCGACAGCCAUCACGAAUAAAACGAGAUUCUCGUACUUAUAGAAAACAAAAAGAUUUCAAUAAAAAACGAAUAUCAACAGCAAUCAAAGCGCCAGAAGAUCUCUUUGAUGAAUAUGCUUCUCAGCAACCAUAUUCAUCUCGAGUAAUUUAUAAAGUCGAAGCUAUUGAUCCUGAUUUUGGUCGUCCAUUAAAAUUACCGAUUCGUUAUACGCUAACAUCAUCAAAUCCAUUGUAUACUCAAUUUUUUGAAAUUCAUCCAUUAAAUGGUACAAUUCAUUUGAAACAAGAACUUGACCGUGAUCCACCGAAUGGUUUCGAUGAAUGGUUGUUAACUAUUAUUGCAGCUGAUGAAGAUGGACGAGAAGAUAUGGGUUCGAAAAAGAAUGCGUCAUGGUUGAAAAUCAUCGUCAAAGAUAUUAACGAUUUGCCUCCCAUGUUCAUCGAUGUUGAUCCAAUGGGACAUAUACCUGAAAAUGCUCGCGCUGGAACACGUGUUGAAGGCUUGAGAAUAAAAGCUACAGAUUAUGAUAAACUAUCCGAAAACACAACACGCUAUGCAUUAACAUUGAAUACAAAAUCGAUUGAUGGUUCCGAUGUAUUUCGUAUUGAUGAAAUAACAGCUGAUAUCUAUCUGAAUGUUGACAAUUAUCUCGAUCGAGAAAAAACUCCACAUCAUAAUCUAUCAAUUAUAGCUCGAGAUUCAGGUGAUCAAUCUGGAAAUUUACAAUCGAAAGAAUUGAAAAUUACAAUUAUUAUCGAUGAUGUUAAUGAUAUGCCGCCACGAUUUAAACCGAAAAAUCAACAAGCACAAAUAUCGGAAACAGCACAACGUGGAGAUUUCGUAACAGAAGUCCGAGCUGAAGAUGAUGAUAUUGGUGUUAAUACACAUUCAUUAUAUGAAAUUAUUGAAGAAUGCCAAUUGUUUAAUGAACAAAUGAUACGUUGUUCGAACCCGAAAUAUUUCAUUUUUAAAGAAACUGCACUAGCUGAAAAAGGCACAAUUAUUUUGCUUGAACCUGUUAAUUAUGAUCCACCAGAUAAUCAAGUCAAGUUUCUUUUGAAAAUAAAAGCAACAAAUGGUGGAAUGUCGGAUUUCGCUAAUGUAACUGUUUUCAUUACUGAUGCAAAUGAUAACAUACCAGUUUUUUCUCAGUCGGUUUAUUUUGCCAAUAUCAGCGAAGAAACCUCAUUGGAGCAAGAGAUUCUUCGUGUGCAUGCUACCGAUAAUGAUGUCAAUCCAAUAAAUAAAGAGUUUAUUUAUCGUAUUCCACCAGAUCGUUCGCAAUAUGAAAAUCGUCAACAUUUACGUAUCGACGCUAUCGAUGGCCGAAUUUAUUUGAAGAAAAAUUUCGAUAGAGAAAAAUCUUCAACUAUCAGUUUACCGAUUGAAGCUGUAAAUAAUCAAAGUUCAAAUAUGUUGGUUGGUCGUGCUGUUUUGGUUAUUAAUGUUCUUGAUGUGAACGAUAAUCAUCCGCGUUUUGCAGAAAAUUAUUCGCCACGUAUACGUGAACAUUCAGCAGCUAAAAAAUUUCUUGAAUUUAAAAUCAACGAUCCCGAUGAUCAAAGCAACGGAAAAAAUAAAUAUCGAAUUAAACUUGGUAAAAAUAAUAUCUGGCCGGAAGAAGGUGAACCGAAAUUUCGUCUUGAUGUUCAUAUGGAUAGUGAUGGUAAACCACGUGGCACGCUUAGUUCGUUACGUGAACUCGACCGGGAAGAACUUUGCCCAAGCACUGAGAAAUUUAAACAUCAACGUUAUUGCGGUAAAUAUUAUGAUCUACCAAUAUGGAUGUCGGAUGGUGAACAAUCAGGCAUAAACAAUCUUCGAGUUCUCGUCGAAGAUAUCAAUGAUAAUCCAUUUAAUAGUGGCUACAAAUCUAUUGAUAUCUAUGAUUAUAAACAUACAUUAAGUAAAGUUUUAUCUACAUCCCGUAUUUAUGUUGGCACUGCUUUUACCGACGAUGAAGAUGAUUGGGAUUUAAAUAGUAAAACAUUCGAACUUCUACCAUCGGAUGAUAAUAGCUUUUUACAAAUCGAUAAAAGCAUGCAUUCAUCACGUACACCAGGCGCAAUUUAUUUGACAAUGCAAAAUAGCAAUUCAACAAUUCAACAUGGUGUUCCUUAUAAAUACGAUGUUGCCGUUCGUGAUACACAUCCUCAGUGGGCAAGUCUAGAACCUAAAACAUCCUAUAUUGAAUUUCGUUUGCAUGAUUUACCAUCGGAUGCAUUUGAAAAUGCAGCAUCAAUACGUCUUCAGGAUAUUACUGCCGAAGAAUUUAUUGAAACACGUCAUCGUCCUGAAUCGCCAUUAUCAACAUUCAAACGUUUAAUACUUGAAACAAUUCCAAAUGCUCGUCACAUCGAUGUUUUUUCGAUACAAAAUCAUGAGCAUUUACCGCGCACGAUCGAUGUCUAUUAUGCGCUUCACGGUAGUGGCUAUUUAUCGAAAGUAAAAAUAAACGGUCUUAUUGAAAUUGCACGUAAAAAACUUGAAAAUCAUUUUAAUAUAAGUCAAAUUGAUAUAAACGAAUGUUUGAAUGCUGAUCAACAAUGUUUUGCAAUUGGUUGUUUAAAUAAAAUUGAAGUACAAUCAAAACAACCGUAUUUAAUUAAUUCUAAUCAAACCUCAUUCAUUGGUUUACAUUUGAAAACAAUCGCACAAUGUGCGUGUGAUACGGAUGUUCAUGUACAACAAGAAAAACAGAAAGAAUUAUUAAAAACACAUAAAUAUUGUUUAAACGGUGGAUAUCCAACGCGAGAUGAUCAUCAUAUUAAAUGCAUGUGCCCUGAUAAUACGUUAUACAAUGGUGGUGAACGUUGUCAAUUGACAAGCAUUUCAUUUGACGGCAAUGGUUACGCUUGGUAUAAACCAUUGACAACAUGUGAUACAUGGAUGUUAUCGAUUGAAUUUUUAAGCCAAACAGCCAAUGGCUCGAUACUAUACAAUGGACCAAUAACUAAACAAAAUCAGCCCGAAGAUUAUUUUUCAUUGCAAUUAUUAAACGGUCAUCUUCUGAUUGAUUUGAAUUUCGGAAAUGGAAAAAAUAUUCGACGACAUUUAAAAACAAGUGGAAAUUUAGCUGAUGGCAAAUGGCAUGUGAUUGAAAUACGACAAAUGAGCACAAUUGAACAUAUUUUGGAAAUUUUAAUUGAUUAUUGCCCAUUGAAUAGCAUAUCGAAACAAUAUGGCGAAUGUCGAUUUAUGAUUGAAUUCAAUGAAGACGCUAUUUUUAGUACAAAUCGACCAUUACAAUUAGGCGGUGUUGCUUUACAGGAAAAUGAAAUUAAUCAACAGCAAUUACCCAUGGAAUAUGUUGGAAAUUUUAAAGGCUGCAUUCGUAAUCUUCGUUUUGCUGAUGAAUUAUACGAUCUUCAUGUCGAUUUACAUAGUGAUCAAUCGGUUAAUCUUCAUGAAGGUUGCCUUCUAACUGACUUAAAAUGUCAAAAACUAUCUUGUCAAUCAAAUAAUGGCAUUUGUGGUGCUGACCUUUAUCAAGUACAAUGCGUUUGUAAGCCUGGCCGAGCAGGUCCCACGUGCACACAAGAAACAACAUCCUACGAUUUCACCUAUGAUAAACAAACAUGGACAGGUGAUCGUGCAUCCUACGCAACGUUCCGUCAUCAACAUAAGCCCGACAAUGAUUUGGCUUAUUCGUCGCAAAUAUUAAAAUUUCAAAUCAUGUUUCGCACACGUGAAAUAUCAGAUAAUAUAUUAACAUUAAUCGAUUUUCACAAUGAUGAUACUUUCAUGUUUUUGGAAAUUAAAUCUGGACAUUUACAAGCUCGAUUUGGUUCGAAGUCGGAUACACAGUUACUCGAAUUGAAAUAUGUUCUAGUUAAUGAUGGACGCUGGCAUACAGCCUAUCUCGAUCGUUACGGACAACGAUUAAUCUUACGUCUUGAUGACGGUGAAUACUACCGUUCAAAUAUUAGUUAUGGUAAAUCAAUAUGGAAACACUUUCCAAAUACAUUAUUAAAUGUUGGUGCUCGUAUAGAUUCAGCUGUACAUAAAAUCGUGACGGCAGAUUUCAAUGAUGGUUGCAUUAUGGAUGUUCGCUUCAAUGGUCAAGUACUCGAUCUAUUAAAUGGUUCAUCAUCAUCCGAUAUGAAAUGGACAUUUCAAUCAAAUAUAAAAGAAGGCUGCGACAAUCUCGAUAAUUGGUGUCGUGGUGUACAAUGUCGUUCGCCUGCAUUUUGCGUUAACACAUGGCGACAUGGCCAAUGUCAAUGCACGGAUACAUUUAAAUACAAUCCAACAAAUGAAACAUGUACCGCAUUCGAUUGGUGCAGUGAUAUAACAAAUCCAUGUCAUGUUCAAGGCACAAAAAGUUGUUUAUACGAAGCUCGUGAAAAUACAAUUAAAUGUGAAUGUAAAGCGCGUUGGCAAGGCGAACGCUGUACAUUGAAAGCUAUGCCACUAGCAGGAACAUUCAGUUGGCAUAUCAUAGUUGCAACAUUAAUUUGCCUUUUAUUUAUUUUAUUUCUUGUUUUAAUAUUAAUUAUGUUUACACGACGAAGACAAACGAAAAAAGCCUAUAUACUUGGUAUGGACGAUGAAAUACGAGAUAAUAUUAUUAAUUACGAUGAAGAAGGUUGUCCCGAUGAAGAUCCUGUUACAUAUGAUAUAUCAACAUUGAAAAAGCCUGUAUUUUCAGCUAAUAGUAAUGCAAAUAACAAUCGUAAUGGACGACAAAAUUCAGAAUCAGAAAGCAAGCCUCUUCUGAAGUCGACGCCUGAUGGAAAUACACAAUUAGAUUCAUCGAAAAAGUCAACCAUAAGAAAAGAUAUGCCACCAAUACCAGCACCAAAACCUGUUUUGAAUAAGAAUCAAACAAAUGGUUUAAAUAAUGGUAUAAAUGUUGGAGAAUUUAUUAAAGGUCGAAUACGUGAUAUUGAUGAUGAUCCAUCACAACCACCCUAUGAUAGCCUACAAGAAUACGCCUAUGAAGGCGAACCAUUAGCUAGAAAUGAAGAAUGUACAUUAUCAACAUUGACUAUAACUUCAAAAGAUCAAAACGAUACAGAUAAAGAACUUGAAUUGGAAUAUUUAACACACAUGGGGCCAAAAUUUCAAAACAUUGCUAAACUCUAUUCAGGCAAUGGAGAGAAAGAGUCAUGA